AUGUCCUCCAACACAGCCAGUGUCACAGACUGGCGUAACAUUACGAACGUUCGCGAUUCCACACCAUGGCACAAGGACAAGGGCCGUCUCAAGCUCAACUUUUUCCUGAGCAUCAUCUUCAUUGGAAUGGUCCUUAACGGAUACGAUGGCACGCUCAUUUCGGGUCUGCAAGCCUUCGACUCGUGGCACGAGGACCUCGGCCUGACCGAGGACAACCCGCGCAGUGCCGCGCUCAUCGGUCUCCUCAACGCCGCCGGUCCCAUCUCUGGUUUCUUCAUUGGUCCCAUCAUCUCGUACAUCGAUGACACCUGGGGCCGCAAGUGGGGCAUUCGUUUUUACGGCUACACCAUCAUGAUUGGUACUGUCAUUUCUUGUGUCGCGGGUGUCUCGGGUGCGCACGGCAACAAGGGCUACGCCGUCUUUGUCGUCGGCCGCUUCAUCAUUGGCUUCGGCCUCGCCGCGUUCCUCAUGACUUCCCUCGUCGUCGUGCAGGAGAUCACGCACCCCCGCUCUCGUCAGCGUGUCGCCUCGUCCUGGAACAGCUACUACAUCCUCGGCAUGGUCAUCUCGUCCUGGGUCAACUUUGGCUCUUCGUACCUGAAGAACUCGUGGGGCUGGCGCAUCCCCUACAUCCUCCAGCUGCCGUUUGCGUUCUACAUCCUCAUCGCUGUGCAGUUUGUUCCCGAGACGCCCCGUUUCCUGCUCUCCAAGGGCAAGGACCAGGAGGCGCUCCAGUUCCUCGCCAACUACCACGGUAACGGCGACACGUCUGACCCUCUCGUACUCUUCGAGUUUGACGAGAUGAAGGACGCGAUCGAGUCUGAGCGCAUCGCCAAGGCUGAGAAGUGGAGCGUCAUCCUCCGCUCCCACGCCAACCGCCACCGCCUGGGCCUCGCCCUCCUCAUGACGUUCUGCACGCAGAUGUCCGGCUCCAGUAUCAUUUACUACUACUACACGGUCGUCUUUGAGAGUGUCGGCAUCACCGACCCCUCGGUGCAGACGGGUAUUGCGGCCGGCCUCAACAUGUUCACAUGGGUGUGCCAGAUUGCGAGUGUCAUGACGGAGCGCUUCUUCGGCAAGAAGCGCAUCCUGCUCUGGUGCUGGCCGCUCAUGAUCCUGACCUUUGUCGGUCUCACGGUCUCGGGCUCUUGUUACGACAAGAGCGGCGGCACGGACCACUCUUCCGCCAUCGCGACUGUCGUGCUGGUCUGGAUCUUCCUCGGCGUGUUCAACGUUGCCUGCCCCAUCAUCUACUCGUACCCCGCCGAAGUGCAGACGUACUCGAUGCGUUCCAAGGGUCUGCUCGUGUGGAACCAGGCCCAGCAGAUCCAGGGCACGUACGUCACCUUUGUCGACAGCAUCGCCCUCGAGCGCAUCAAGUACUGGUACUACCUCGUGUACCUCCCGCUCCUGAUUGCGCAGUGGAUCCUCAUCAAGCUGUUCAUGGUCGAGACGAACGGGUUCACGCUUGAGGAGAUUGCGCUCGCCUUCGACUCGAUGGAGCGUCUGCCCUUCACGGGCCACGCGCAGCCGGCCGGAGAGGCCGAGCAGGGCAAGAGUGUCACCGCCAGCGAGCCCGACACCAAGGAGCCCGCUAGUCCCCAGCUCGACACGAAGGACAAGGUCCCCACUGCCGCUACUCAGUAA